AUGACUCUGAUUGACAAAAAGGAGCCAUCUCUAGAGGUGUCAAAGAAACGUCCGAUAACAGUAUCAAGUGUAAUGUUAAGUAUAAUAACUAAAAUCAUUCACAAACGCAUGAAUAAGAUAUGUGAACGAGAAGGCUUCUAUGGUUCGGUUCAAUAUGGAUUCAGGCAGAAACGUUCCACAACAGACUGCGUGUUAAUGAUUUUGGCUGCGCUAAGAGUGGCCAAGAGGAAGAAACAAUGUAUCUCUCUGGCUUUCUGCGAUAUUGCAAAAGCCUAUGACUCUGUGUGCAGGGAAUUGUUGUACACUAAACUACGCCACAUAGGGUUUGGUGGACGAGUGGUUUCUUUGAUCCGGUCCAUGUAUUAUAAUGAUUGUGUGAGG